AUGGGCGGAGCUACUCUGCCGCCGGUCCUAGGACCAGUGCUUGGACCAGUGCUAAGACCGGUACUAGGACCAGUACUAGGACCAGCAAUGGGGGCUACAGGAUCGGGGGCUACAGGAUCGGGGGCCGUAAUGGGGUCCGGUGGGAAUGCAGGGCUGGUUUUUGAGGACCCGUCGCCCGUACCUCGCCCGGCGCCGUCACUUAGCGCGUCGAGCAAACCGCCAUCUGAAUUUAGCGGCCGCGGCGUUAGCGAGCGUUAUCGGUCGCCAUCAGUUGGGCCGAGUGUCCUACAUGUACGCUACCAGGUCGGCUCGGGUGGCACACUCUCCGGUCCGUCCGAACUGCGCGAUCGCAACAAUCAUCGAGACCCCAAUCGCCAAGCCCCACACGGAAUACAACCCGUAGGUGCUGCGGCGGAUAUCGGACUCGGUGCUGUCGACAAUGUGCGAGCAACCACACGUGUUUUCGAUCCGCCUCCGGAAGAACGCAAGACCAAGGUUAAAUAUUCAUGGCAAGAAUGUGUUAAACUCGACUACUGGAAACAAGUCGUUUGCUGCAAUGGUCCAGCUGCCAACUCGUCCGACUGA